UUAUUUCAAACAAUAACCAUUACAAGACCUUCAAUCAAAGAAUUGAUACGUUCGCAUUUUGUACAAAAAUUAUAAUUAAUAUGAUUGUAUUUCUCUUCAUAGUGUUAUUUCAACAGGCUCAUAGUGAUUGGAUUUCAGAAUGGCUCACACCUAUUCAAUAUUAUAAUCAAAAUACAGAAAACCAAGCUAUGAAAGCUAAAGAACAAGAACUAGUUGAUGUUUUCGAAACAACUUUGAGACAAAGUUUUGAAGAUACGCAGACGAUAGCAUCUCCUAGAAAAGAAUUCGCUUUCCAAGAACCUGACUAUUCAAUGAAUACUCUAAAGUUCAGACUGGAAUCUACAAUACAAAGUGCUAAAGAAUUAGCCGAUACUUUGAAGAGACAAAUAAAGGAAAUUGAAGCCAAGGAGAGAUUACUAAAAGAAGCUAUCGUCCAUGGAAAAUCUGGUGUAACAACCCUUACAAUAACGAGCUUAGACAAAAUGCCCCGAUCCUAUAUCAUUCGGGAUGGAUUUUGGACAAUCUGUAGUGGCAUGAUACAAAGCCCAAUUUCGGCGCCUACACCAAACAUUUUUAAUGAGAUUUUCUCAACACCACGCUGCAUCGGACAAGAGAUUCGGUCCAUCAAAGAUCCUUGUGCCUUCAACUCUAUCAUUAAAUAUGAAACAAUACCCACGAUGCGACGAUCGACGUAUGAAGAAGACGACUAUUUGUGCUUAAAGACAAACUUUAAUAGCACCUUGGAACAUUACGCAUCAGUGCCGAAACAAAUGGUUAAUGAGACAUGCAAAAGAGGAUUGGUCAAAAGUUUAGCCGAUAACAUAUCCAACUGUGGCGUACGAAUUCUUCUAGAAUAUACAUAUUACCCAAAUGGAAACUAUUUGGGAAAUUUACCUCUAGAUUACUGCACAGAAGACGAUGGAUCCUGUAAACUGAUAGUCGCAUGGCACCUUUCAAAUACAACUAUAGAGAAUUUCGAUAUUUUAAAUAAUGAUAAACUAUUUAAGAAAACUUUUAUGAAGACUGGCUCAUUUGCUGAAUCUAUUAUUUAAUAGACCGUAUAUAGAUACCUAUUUUGUACCUCAAUUUUUUUUUAAAGUGAAACUUUUAUUACAUCGUCUCAAACUUUUUGGUCUG